CCAAUAGGGUCGCCGAUUUGUUGUCCUCUCCAUUUGCCUUUCACUGUUAGGGCAUCCACGAUGUGCUACAAAAGCUGUCCAUAAGCAAUAGUGCCCCUCGCAGGAGGGCCAUAUACAUUGCAAAUGGUGACCACAAGGCGAAAAGCUUAAGGGUUGUCAUCACCAAACUUUGAUUCUCCUUUUAACAUAAAUUGAAACUGGAGCAUUAACCCUUUUAUUUAUUUUUAAACGGUGAAAUUAUAACUUUUACUGGCAACACCCAAAAGAAAGCAAACUUAUUAGGCGAAGUAUCCGGUGAAAACUCCAUUAUGCUUCUAACUAUUACAUAUACAUACUUUUGCAGGAGUUGUUAUUUGGUAUUGGAGCCCUGUCUUUUGCAGCAAUUCUAACUCUGUUAAUUCAGAUGUGGAAGAGGGGCAUAAAAUAUAGAGCUCGAAAGGUACACUUCCGCAAAAACAAAGGCCUUCUCCUGGAACAGCUGAUAUCAUCCGAUCAAAGUGCCACACAUAACACAAAUAUAUUUUCCUUGGAUGAGUUAGAAAAGGCGACAAACAAUUUUGACUCCAAACGCAUUCUAGGCUUUGGAGGGCAUGGUACAGUUUACAAGGGAAUUUUAUCAAAUCAACGUGUGGUGGCCAUAAAGAAGUCCACAAUGGUGGAGCAAAAAGAGAUAGAUCAAUUUGUGAAUGAGCUCGCUAUAUUGUCACAAAUCAUUCAUCGAAAUGUGGUAAGACUUUUUGGAUGUUGCCUCGAGUCAGAGGUACCUUUGCUCGUGUAUGAGUUCAUCUCCAACGGCACGCUGUCUGAGCUUCUUCAUCGUGACCUGAGUACAAUAUGCUUGUUAAACUGGGAUGAUCGGAUCAGAAUUGCUCUUGAGGCUGCGAGUGCUCUUGCUUACCUCCAUUCUGCUGCUUCAAUACCGAUCUUCCACAGAGAUGUGAAAUCUGCCAACAUACUCUUAACUGAAAACUUCACUGCAAUGGUUGCGGACUUUGGUGCUUCAAGAUCCAUUUCCAUGGAUGAAACUCAUGUGGUCACGACAGUGCAGGGUACACUUGGAUACUUCGAUCCUGAAUAUUACCAUACAGGCCAGCUAACUGAGAAGAGUGAUGUCUACAGUUUUGGUGUGAUCAUUGUUGAGCUCCUAACGAGGAAGAAGCCAAUCUUUAUUGAUUGCUGGGGUCAAAAGCAAAGCUUAUGCCGUUGCCUCCUUCAAAGUCUACAAGAUAGCACUAGGUUGGAAAUUCUCGAUUCUCAGGUUGUUGAGGAAGGUAAUGAAAGACAGAUCGACGAGAUGGCCUCCCCCGCAAGGGCAUGCUUAAGGCACAGAGGAGAAGAGAGGCCCACGAUGAAAGAAGUGGAGCUAAGGCUGCAGCUCCUAAGAGGUAAGAUAAUGAAGAAGAAAAGCCAAGAGUUUGAAUGGAACGACGAAACAUUACCAUCGUUGCCUUCAAAUUAUUCAAAGGGUUUGCCGCAGCAUGAUGAGUUUGGCACAGCUACUAAUUCGUCCUCAGAGAACAUCACCCGAUGCUAUACUAUGGAGCAAGAGCUUGUUACUUGGACCGGCCUACCUCGUUAAAU